AUUGAACAUGGCCUCGGAAUCCAACAAAGAGGUAGUCGUAGUAGGAGCUGGAGUCAUUGGUCUUACUACAGCCCUAAAGAUCCAAGAGAAAGGGGGAUACCAUGUUACCAUCAUAGCGGAGACAUUCCCCAGCGACCCUAAGAGCAUACGGUACACCAGUCACUGGGCCGGUGCGCAUCAUGUCAGCUCAGAUGGAGAAGAUAAACUUAAAGCAAAGGUCAACCAAGACACCUUCAAAGUGAUGUGGGAAAUGUCCGCGCCAGGUGGCGAGGCAGAAGGCUGCUUCCUCCGUCAGACCCAGACGGAAUACUAUUGCGACAAGCAGCCAAGUCCGCACCCACUCGAAGUCAUGCCCGAUUUCUGUUAUUUAGACGAGAAGAAUCUGGAACCAGAUACCGUCACCGGGGUGCAGUUUACCACGGUGUCAAUCGAUACUCCGAUAUACCUGAAUUACCUUUUGUCUCGGUUCCUUGCUCGCGGCGGAUCCAUUGUUCGUGGGUCCAUACAGCAUAUCAGCCAGGUAGUGGAGGGCGGCGCCCGAGUGUUCACAGGGGCAAAGAGAGCCGGGGCCUCGGUCGACGCCGUCAUAGUGUGCGCAGGCAUCGGUGCGCGCCUUCUAGGCGGUGUCGAAGACAAAGAUGUAUACCCUAUAAGAGGCCAAACGGUGUUACUCAAGGCGCCUUGGAUACGAUUCGGGCGGACCAUGAGCAGUAAAGAUGGGUUGUGGACGUACAUCAUCCCGAGACGGAGCGGGGAUGUGAUUGUGGGAGGCAUCAAAGUGCCAAACGACUGGUAUCCGACUCCCCGCCCAGAAACAACUAUGGACAUCUUGACGCGCGGCCUCGCGCUCUGCCCAGAGCUCGCACCCCAAUCCAUACGUGAUCAGCGCGAACCCACCGUGGACGACCUGCUGCCGCUGGUGAUAGAGGAAGGAUGUGGUCUCAGGCCGGCAAGGAAGGGCGGCAUACGCCUUGAAGUCGAGUGGCAUGCCUCCGCUGACGGGCAAGGGCGAAGACUGCCCAUCGUCCAUAACUAUGGACAUGGCGGAGAUGGAUUCCAGGCCUCCUGGGGAUCAGCGUCGGUAGCACUGGAGUUACUGGAGAAUGCGCUCGCUCAGGUAUGAGCCUGUCGCGAACGAGGUGGAAACAAAUGUAGACCCGAUCUUACCAACCCAUAACGGGGUAGGUAUCUGAAAGCACACCACUUGAAGCUUGAGGCUCGAUCCACUCGGAGCUGAAUUCACGCAUCGAACGCGAGAACGGCUACAGACUGAUCUCGAC